AGAAUCUUCCUUGUCGAUUCCGCCAUGGAAGCAACCUCGCAGAUUACCUCUUGCAGAAUCGACUCUCUAUCUCGCUCCUUACCGUCCAAGGAUGACGGCAGCAGAUUCACUGCCGUUCGCCGUUCCUUUCCGAGUAUUGUUAGGGUUAAGCGUCGGAAUGGAGUGAUUCGUGCCGUGGCAACUGAGCCCAAACCCAAGGGAACCGAAGCUAGACCGUCCAGAACCGUCAAUGGAUCUUCAAUUAACGGCACUUCCACGAGAAUGGAGACCGUUUCACAAGAGAUUAAAAGAGUUAGAGCUCAGAUGGAAGAGAAUGAGCAGUUGGCAUCACUUAUGAAGGGGCUUAGGGGUCAAAAUUUAAGUGACGCUCAGUUUGCUGCUGACGAUGUUGAACUUCGCCUUGUGGAGACUGAUGAAAGUAGCGAACUUCUCCCAAUGGUAUAUGACCCUGUUAGCAUCUCUGCAUAUUGGGGUAAAAGGCCACGAGCUGUUGCCACUCGCAUCAUACAACUGACGUCAGUUGCAGGAGGAUUUCUUUCACGUCUUGCGUGGGACGUGAUAAAUAAAAAGGUUAAAGAGAAUGAAGUAGCUAGGGCAAUUGAGUUGAGGGAAAUUGUAACCUCUUUGGGUCCAGCAUACAUAAAACUUGGGCAAGCGUUAAGCAUUCGGCCAGAUAUACUGUCACCUGCUGCGAUGACAGAGCUACAAAAGCUUUGUGAUAAGGUUCCAUCAUAUCCAGAUGACAUUGCCAUGGCACUUUUAGAAGAGGAACUUGGAGAGCCGUGGUACAACAUAUAUUCAGAACUCACAACCUCCCCUAUAGCAGCAGCCUCCCUUGGGCAAGUGUAUAAGGGCCGACUAAAGGAAAAUGGGGAUUUGGUUGCUGUUAAGGUACAGCGUCCUUUUGUGCUUGAAACGGUAACUGUUGAUCUGUUCAUCAUAAGGAACUUGGGAUUGGCUCUUCGACGCUUUCCUCAGAUCUCUGUGGAUGUUGUUGGAUUGGUUGAUGAGUGGGCUGCCCGUUUCUUUGAGGAGCUUGACUAUGUUAACGAGGGUGAAAAUGGAACAUAUUUUGCAGAGAUGAUGAAGAAGGACCUGCCACAAGUUGUCAUACCUAAGACGUACACUAAAUACACAUCAAGGAAAGUUCUUACUACACAAUGGGUAGAUGGUGAAAAGCUUUCGCAAAGUACAGAAAGUGAUGUUGGGGAGCUGGUUAAUGUUGGAGUGAUAUGCUACCUAAAGCAGUUGCUUGAUACAGGCUUCUUCCAUGCUGACCCACAUCCUGGAAAUAUGAUUCGCACUCCAGAUGGAAAGCUGGCUAUUCUUGAUUUCGGUCUGGUAACAAAAUUGACGGAUGAUCAAAAGUAUGGGAUGAUUGAAGCUAUUGCUCAUCUUAUUCACCGAGAUUAUGAUGCUAUUGUUAAAGAUUUUGUGAAACUUGGUUUCAUUCCCGAGGGGGUAAAUUUGGAUCCAAUAUUGCCUGUUUUAGCCAAAGUAUUUGACCAGGCCCUUGAAGGUGGAGGAGCAAAAAAUAUCAACUUUCAGGAGUUGGCGGCUGAUUUAGCACAAAUAACAUUUGACUAUCCAUUCCGCAUACCUCCUUAUUUUGCUCUUAUAAUUAGAGCAAUAGGAGUGCUCGAGGGUAUAGCUUUAGUAGGGGAUCCAGAAUUCGCCAUUGUAGAUGAAGCAUAUCCCUAUAUUGCGCAGAGGCUCCUUACUGAUGAAUCUCCACGUUUAAGAAGUGCUUUGCGUUACACUGUAUAUGGAAAAUCUGGUGUUUUUGAUGCUGAAAGAUUUAUAGAUGUCAUGCAAGCUUUUGAGAGUUUCAUAACAGCAGCCAAAAGUGGUGGUGGAGAGGAUCUAAAUGGUGGUAUGGCUGAACUUGGUCUUCUGCAAAACCAGUCAAACUUUACAUUCCCCCAGUUACAAUCAGGUGGAUCUCAAGAACAGCCAGUUCAAACAAGAGCAGCCUUAGCAUUUCUGCUGUCUGACAAAGGGAAUUUCUUCCGAGAAUUUCUUUUGGAUGAGAUUGUGAAAGGCAUUGAUGCUAUUACCAGAGAACAGUUGGUUCAAGUUAUGGCAGUAUUGGGAAUCCGAAGUCCUGCCCCAGUUUUCAGCAUGGUUCCUACCUUUGGAACCAUCAGGCCUACAGGUUUAAUUCCUUACAUAACCGAGGAGGACAAAAUUAUACUGAACAAUGUUCAAAAGAUUCUUGAAUUUCUAACCGCUGGAGAUUCAAGACUACAAUCACCAGAUCAGGGUUUAGAUGUGAAUCGUGUCAUCCGAGAGCUGCUCCCAAUAAUGCCAGGCCUAUCAGCCAAAGUGGUACCUGAGGUGCUAAGCAGGUUGUCUUCUCGUGUUAUGGCACGAUUGAUCCGGGAUACAUUUUUGUAUUAGAGUGCAGCAACCCCAUUAUCAUUACAUUUGGCUUGAUGUUGUGCAAUCAAGUCCUCUUAUCCUAAGCAUCAUCAACCAGCCACUCAAUUGUGCAUAUAUCCAUAGGAAUUAUAUUUGUGAACUUGUAUAAAUCAAUCAAUUAGUCUCCAUGGCUUGCUGGAACUUUCAGUUGUAUAGGACGGUCAGUCAACUCAGCAAAUGGAUACAUGUAAGGUUGGAACAGGGAAAUGAUAUAGAGCUUAAAUUUAUGUUAAAAAGUCAUUGC